AUGGACCAACAAAAGAAAAAGCGAUCUGAGAAUUGGAGUGCCGAGGAAAAAGAUAUACUACGCGAGAUGAUUGCACAAUCACGCCACAUAAUUGAGGACAAAUCCACGAGAGCUUCUUCCAAUAUUAAAAAGGCUCAAGAGUGGAAGAACAUAGCAAACAAAAUUAAUGAACUCAUGGGAAAAAAUAGGUCUGAUGGUGAAGUUAAAUUGGCAUGGAAAAAGAUGAAGCUUGCGGCUAAAGCUAACUUGUCCGCUCAUAGG